GUCAGCAAUUGCUUGAGACAAGCUUCCAUGUGUGAAAGCUACUUGGCAUGAAUGCCUGGGCCGUACCAAGUGUCACCGCAGCAAGAGGGGGAGACAGAAGAAAAACAGAUCAGACCAGAGCAGACAAUAGGCCCUAAAGUGUUCCCCCUAAGUUGCUUUGAUGUUGUCCUGGUGUCUUGAUACCAGGAGGCCAGGGAUUGCUGGAAAAGGGUCUUUUUUGUCUUCAUCCACUUCCCUCCAGUUUCUGCAAUGAUUCUCCAGAAUCUCUGCUCAUGAAAAAGGACUGCAUGUGGGACUAACUGGUGUCACUUGGCUUUGACCUAAACACUCCUGUGUGGUGGGGUGACAGUUCUCCUCCUCUGUCGGUCCCUCCCUGCCCCAAUGUAGAAGACAGGGCAGAGCGGACAACUUGAAAGGUGAGGGUCACCUUUGAGGAAGGGACUCCCGACUCCUCACCCCCAGGAUGAACUCUGCAGUGUCGUGACCCUUGGGGUUUGGUGUGCCCUGGAGAUGCGAGAUUUUCCUUUGGCAGCAGGAGGCACACACCCAGAGAAUGCUGGAACUUCAGGGAGGAAGGACCCACUUCCACAGCAGAGAAAAACAAAGAGGAAAAAGGCGAAGCGGCAGCCAGCACUAAGGGACGUACCAAGCAGGCAGUGGGCAGCGGCCUCUGCUCCCAGCAGCUACUUCUGCUGCAGCCCGAGAGGAACUCGGGGAGCCCGUCCCAAUUAGUGACCGAAAGCUCAGGAUUUCAAUCAAUGCAUUCCAGUAACCCUAAAGUGAGGAGCUCUCCAUCAGGAAACACACAGAGUAGCCCUAAGUCAAAGCAGGAGGUGAUGGUCCGUCCCCCUACAGUGAUGUCCCCAUCUGGAAACCCCCAGCUGGAUCCCAAAUUCUCCAAUCAGGGUAAACCGGGGGGCUCAGCCAGCCAAUCCCAGCCAUCCCCCUGUGACUCCAAGAGUGGGGGCCAUACCCCUAAAGCCCUCCCUGGCCCAGGUGGGAGCAUGGGGCUGAAGAAUGGGGCUGGAAAUGGUGCCAAGGGCAAGGGGAAAAGGGAGCGAAGUGUUUCCGCCGACUCCUUUGAUCAGAGAGACCCUGGGACUCCAAACGAUGACUCUGACAUUAAAGAAUGUAAUUCUGCAGACCACAUCAAGUCCCAGGAUUCCCAGCACACACCACACUCCAUGACUCCAUCAACUGCCACAGCCCCCAGGUCUUCCACUCCCUCUCAUGGCCAAACUACUGCCCCAGAACCCAUACCUGCUCAGAAGACUCCAGCCAAAGUGGUGUAUGUGUUUUCUACUGAGAUGGCAAAUAAGGCUGCAGAAGCUGUGCUGAAGGGCCAGGUCGAAACCAUCGUCUCUUUCCAUAUCCAGAACAUCUCCAACAGCAAGACAGAGAGGAGCACAGCCCCCCUGAACACACAGAUACCCACCCUUCGGAAUGAUCCAAAACCUCUCCCACAGCAGCCUCCAGCUCCCGCCAGCCAGGACCAGAACUCUUCCCAGAAUGCCAGACUGCAGCCGACUCCGCCCACUCAGGCACCAGCACCUAAGCCUGCUGCAGCCCCGCGUCCCCUGGACCGAGACAGUCCUGGGGUGGAAAGUAAACUGAUUCCUUCCGGGGGCAGCCCUGCCAGCUCCACUCCACUGCCCCCGGACGGUACUGGGCCAAACUCGACACCCAACAAUCGAGCGGUGACCCCUGUCUCCCAGGGGAGCAACAGCUCUUCAGCAGAUCCCAAAGCCCCCCCACCGCCACCAGUGUCCAGUGGUGAGCCCCCGACGCUGGGAGAGAACCCUGACGGCCUGUCUCAGGAGCAGCUGGAGCACCGGGAACGCUCCUUACAGACGCUGAGAGAUAUCCAGCGCAUGCUUUUCCCUGACGAGAAAGAAUUCACGGCAGGACAAACGGGGGGUCCCCAGCCGAACACUGGGGUUUUAGAUGGACCUCAGAAAAAACCAGAGGGGCCAAUGCAGGCCAUGAUGUCUCAGUCCCAGAGCCUAGGUAAGGGACCUGGGCCCCGGACAGAUGUGGGAGCUCCAUUUGUCCCUCAAGGACCGAGAGAUGUGCCCUUUUCUCCGGAUGAAAUGGUUCCGCCCUCUCUGAACUCCCAGCCUGGGCCCCUUGGCCCCGACCACCUGGACCAUGUGACUCCCGAGCAGAUAGCGUGGCUGAAGCUGCAGCAGGAGUUCUACGAAGAGAAGAGGAGGAAGCAGGAGCAGGUGGCUGUCCAGCAGUGCUCGCUCCAGGACAUGAUGGUCCAUCAGCACGGGCCCCGGGGCGUGGUCCGAGGGCCUCCCCCUCCGUACCAGAUGGCCCCCAGUGAAGGCUGGGCACCUGGGGCAGAGCCAUUUCCUGAGGGUAUCAACGUCGCACAUUCUCUGCCCCCGAGGGGCAUGGCUCCCCACCCCACCAUGCCAGGCAGUCAGAUGCGCCUUCCUGGGUUUGCAGGAAUGAUAAAUUCUGAAAUGGAGGGGCCCAAUGUGCCCAACCCGGCAUCCAGACCAGGUCUUUCUGGAGUCAGUUGGCCAGACGAUGUGCCAAAAAUCCCAGAUGGCCGAAAUUUCCCUCCUGCCCAGGGUGUCUUCAGUGGUCCUGGCCGAGGGGAACGGUUCCCAAACCCCCAGGGCUUGUCUGAAGAGAUGUUUCAACAGCAACUGGCAGAGAAGCAGCUGGCUCUCCCCCCAGGGAUGAGCAUGGAGGGCAUCAGGCCCGGCAUGGAAAUGAACAGGAUGAUUCCAGGCUCCCAGCGCCACAUGGAGCCAGGAAGUAACCCCAUUUUCCCUCGGAUACCAGUUGAGGGUCCUCUGAGCCCUUCCAGGGGUGACUUUCCAAAAGGAAUGCCUCCACAGAUAGGCCCUGGUCGGGAACUUGAGUUUGGGAUGGUUCCUGGUGGGAUGAAGGGAGAUGUCAGUCUAAACGUCAACAUGGGAUCCAGCUCUCAGAUGAUACCUCAGAAGAUGAGAGAGACUGGGGCAGGCCCUGAGGAUAUGAUGAAAUUACGCCCUGGUAGCUCAGACAUGCUGCCUGCCCAGCAGAAAAUGGUGCCCUUGCCAUUUGGUGAGCACCCUCAGCAGGAGUAUGGUGUGGGCCCCAGGCCAUUCCUUCCCAUGUCUCAGGGUCCAGGCGGCAACAGUGGCUUGCGGAAUCUCAGAGAACCAAUUGGGCCCGACCAAAGGACUAACAGCCGGCUCAGUCAUCUGCCACCACUACCUCUCAACCCUUCCAGUAACCCCACUAGCCUCAACACAGCUCCUGCAGUUCAGCGUGGCCUGGGGCGGAAGCCUUUGGAUAUAUCUGUGGCAGGCAGCCAGGUGCAUUCUCCAGGCAUUAACCCCCUGAAAUCUCCUACAAUGCACCAAGUCCAGUCCCCGAUGCUGGGCUCGCCCUCGGGGAACCUCAAGUCCCCUCAGACCCCAUCACAGCUGGCAGGCAUGCUGGCAGGCCCAGCUGCUGCCGCCUCCAUUAAGUCCCCUCCUGUGUUGGGGUCUGCUGCUGCUUCGCCUGUUCACCUCAAGUCUCCAUCACUUCCUGCCCCAUCACCUGGAUGGACCUCCUCUCCCAAACCUCCCCUCCAGAGUCCUGGGAUCCCUCCAAACCAUAAAACGCCCCUCACCAUGGCCUCCCCAGCCAUGCUGGGAAGUGUAGAGUCAGGUGGGCCCCCACCUCCUACAGCCAGCCAGCCUGCCUCUGUGAACAUCCCAGGAAGUCUUCCCUCCAGCACACCUUACACCAUGCCUCCAGAGCCAACCCUUUCCCAGAACCCACUCUCGAUUAUGAUGUCGAGAAUGUCCAAGUUUGCAAUGCCCAGUUCCACCCCCUUAUACCACGAUGCCAUCAAGACCGUGGCCAGCUCUGAUGAUGACUCCCCUCCAGCUCGUUCACCCAACUUGCCAUCAAUGAAUAAUUUGCCAGGAAUGGGCAUUAAUACACAGAAUCCUCGAAUUUCAGGUCCAAAUCCCGUGGUUCCGAUGCCAACCCUCAGCCCGAUGGGAAUGACCCAGCCACUUUCUCACUCCAAUCAGAUGCCCUCUCCUAAUGCCAUGGGACCCAGCAUACCUCCUCAUGGGGUCCCAAUGGGGCCUGGCUUGAUGUCACACAAUCCUAUCAUGGGGCAUGGGUCCCAGGAGCCUCCAAUGGUACCUCAAGGACGGAUGGGCUUCCCCCAGGGCUUCCCUCCAGUACAGUCUCCUCCUCAGCAGGUUCCAUUUCCUCACAAUGGCCCCACUGGGGGACAAGGCAACUUCCCAGGAGGGAUAGGAUUCCCAGGAGAAGGCCCGCUCGGUCGCCCCAGCAACCUGCCCCAAAGUACAGCAGACGCAGCACUUUGCAAGCCUGGAGGUCCAGGGGCUCCUGACUCCUUCACUGUCCUGGGGAACAGCAUGCCUUCGGUGUUUACAGACCCAGAUCUGCAGGAGGUAAUCCGACCCGGAGCCACCGGAAUACCUGAGUUUGAUCUCUCCCGCAUUAUCCCCUCAGAGAAGCCCAGCCAGACACUGCAGUAUUUCCCUCGAGGGGAAGUCCCAGGCCGCAAACAGCCACAGGGUCCUGGACCUGGGUUUUCACACAUGCAGGGGAUGAUGAGCGACCAAGCCCCUAGAAUGGGACUAGCAUUACCUGCCAUGGGAGGCCCCGGGCCAGUAGGAACUCCAGACAUUCCUCUUGGUACAUCUCCAUCCAUGCCAGGCCACAACCCAAUGAGACCACCAGCCUUUCUCCAGCAAGGCAUGAUGGGACCUCAUCACAGGAUGAUGUCACCAGCACAAUCUACAAUGCCCGGCCAAGCCACCCUGAUGACCAAUCCAGCUGCUGCUGUGGGCAUGAUUCCUGGCAAGGAUCGGGGGCCUGCUGGGCUUUAUACCCACCCAGGGCCUGUGGGUUCUCCAGGCAUGAUGAUGUCCAUGCAAGGCAUGAUGGGACCCCAACAGAACAUCAUGAUCCCACCACAGAUGAGGCCUCGGGGCAUGGCUGCUGAUGUGGGCAUGGGUGGAUUUAGCCAAGGCCCUGGCAACCCAGGAAACAUGAUGUUUUAAGCUGCUACGAUUGGAUGUUGUCGACAUGAGAUUCCAGGUCCUGUGAGCUGCUCUGAUGGAGUUCAGAAGUCCUCACUGUUGGUCACGCAAUAGGAGAAGAGCGACCCGGGGCUGCUUUGGGGGAGAGGGAACCGAGAAUGUAUGGAUUUACCGGAAAACAAAUUAUUCAUUUAAUCAACAGGUGUGUUUUUUUUAAGAUUUAUUUUUUAAAAAUUAUUUUUGUGGACUUGGGGAUCCCGUGAUGGCACCUGCUUUGGGGAGUCUGUAGCCGUGUUGGAGAAAUGCCAUCAGCCGUGUGUUGCUCCAUUCUCGUGUGUGUUUACGUCUUCGGACUGGCUUCUCCCGGAAUUCUUUUCUGUUCUUGACUUUUGAUUUGGGCUUUAUUUUUUUGGGUGUGUGUGUGUGUGUGUGUGUGUGUGUGUGUGUACUGUACUAUAUUGUAAAAGGGAUUUUAGCAGAGACUUGAGUCUUUGGGGCGAGAGGAGAACAGGAGUGCCGGGCUGUUUACUUCAGAUGGAAAAUCCAUCUCCAGACCUUGGACUAUUUUCUUUCAACUCCAGUGUAUAGAAAAACCAAACUACGACCUCAGAGCAGAGUAUUCAUGAAAAGCACAAAAAAAGGAACUACGUUCAGCGCGGGGUGGGGGGAGGGGGGCAUUUUCUUUUUAAAAAUACUGAUGCUUGGGUCCUCUGUUCUUCAGUCCCUGCCUCUCUCUCGGUAUACAACCCACCCUCACGGUUCUCUCCCCGCCUCUCCACUCCGCAGUUUUCCUUGGUUAUGUGUGUUUCCUUCCCUGUGACCCUGCUGGUGACCCUCAGCCCCCCUCUCCUCUGCCCUUGGCAGCUGCAAUACCCGGGCUCUCUGGGGGGACACUCCAGGGAGGCCUGGCCUCUGCCUCCGAUGCCCUCCUUGAUGCCCUCCGCCUCUCCCCCCUCAGCCUCCCCCUCCCCCUCCCCGCUGUGCUCUUCCGCCCACCUUGUUUCUCGUUCUCCUUUUCUUAGGAAUUCCCAAGUGAAUUUUAUUAAUGUGGGAAUGGAACCAAUGCUAAAAGCUAUCCAGGAUUCUGUUUUUGUUUUCAAUUUUGUGUUCCUUCCCUUUCCUCCCUCUUCCCAUGCGUGAAACGUUCUGUGUAAUCUUCAUUAAAUUUGGUACAAAACCACUUGCCAGAGCUGUGGUGUCAGAAAAAUAAAUAUAUUGUUUCUUACAAAACGGAA